AUGGAUGGUCACCCAAGGCUAAGAUGCGGCUGGUACUGGGAGGAGACCGACCAAAGUAAUCUGAUGUGCAUGUCAAUCGACACCAUGGUAGAAAUUGCUGGUUUAGGAGGCAAACCGUUUUGUUCCGAGCCGGAAGAGGUGUGCAACAUGUUUCGUCCUUGUUGCGGUCGUGAUUGGGUUUGCCGUCGUCGUGGUGCUCCGCUAGGUGUUUGUGUGCAUUGUAUCCCAGCGAACGGACAAUGUGAGCACAGUCGAGAGUGUUGUUUGGGUGUGUGUAUUGACGGUCAGUGUCGUCACGUGAUGGCCACCACAGAAUGA